UCGUCCAGUGGAGCUGAGGGUUGGAGCUACAAAAGGCUACCCUCAGUCUCCCCAUUGUUCACUGGCAUCAUUGUUGGACUGACCUCCCAGCUGCUCAGCCAUGGCCCCCAAGAAAGCCAAGAAGAGGGCAGCAGAGGGAGCCAACUCCAACGUGUUCUCCAUGUUUGAGCAGGCUCAGAUCCAGGAAUUUAAGGAGGCCUUCACCAUCAUGGACCAGAACAGAGAUGGCUUCAUCGACAAGAAUGAUCUGAGGGACACUUUUGCUGCUCUUGGACGUCUCAACGUGAAACAGGAAGAGAUUGAUGACAUGCUCAAAGAGGCUCCGGGCCCAAUCAACUUUACCGUCUUCCUCACCAUGUUCGGUGAGAAGCUGAAAGGUGCUGAUCCAGAGGAGACGAUCCUCAACGCAUUUAAAGUCUUCGACCCUGAGGGGAAAGGUGUGCUGAGGAAGGACUAUGUGACACAGAUGCUAACAACGCAAGCGGACCGAUUCUCCGCUGAAGAGAUGGAGCAGAUGUUCACUGCCUUCCCCCCAGAUGUGGCAGGAAACCUGGACUACAAGAACCUGGUUCACAUCAUCACCCAUGGAGAGGAAAAGGAUCAGGAGUAAAUGGACUGUGGUGUGUGUGCACAUCUUUUUGUUAGCUGCAUUGCCUCCAUACAGUACUCACUCACGAGCACAAGAGGAACAAUGCAAAAUUUUCUCUUCCAGGCCCCACAAACAGACGGCAUCAACGGCAUCAACAUAUCGAGCUGUCUUUCUGCCUUUCAUCUUUUUCCCCCCACAGUAUUUUCCCACAUUCAUCUGAGACUAAUUAAAUUAUUUUUCCUUAUCAUUUUGUACACUCAAAACCACUUAGGUCUGCGUAUGUUCAUCUAAUAAAAGUUUUCAAAGACAGUA